AUGGACUCCAUUUGCGGAGAUAACAUCAUAAGCAUAAAUGUCGGAGGGACGAUUUACAUGACGACUCUGAACUUGAUUUGCAGAUACAGGAAUUCUCGUCUAUGUGAAAUUGUUUUAGAGAAACUGAAGGAUAUGCCGGACCUCGACAGAAGCAGGUUCGAGUAUAUUUUGGACUUCCUGCGAGACGGAGUGCUGAUAUGCGAAAAUGACAUCAACGUGUUGACGAGGAUACUAAUCGAAGCUGUGUACUUCAAAUUGUUUUCCCUCAUAAAAAUUUUAAAAAAAAAAAUCGAAUUAUUGUAUUCAAACAUGGGGAGUAAUGUGAACAAAAAUAUUUUCAAAAGCAUCAUGGGCACACUUGAGGAAAAAAAUAAAAAUAAAAUAAAAAGCAAAAGUAAAAGCAAAAGUAAAAGCAAAGAAAAAAAUAAUAGCUUAUCGAGGAAGUUAAACAAAUUCUCUGCCCUUAUUAAGAAGCACAACGAAAUGAAAUGUUGCACUGUUAAAAAAAAAAAAAUUCACAACUUUCAUUUUUUGAGCAAGAUAAAUUUAUUAAGUGAAUUGAAUCACGAAGACGAGUCUCCCACGAAGGAGGAGGUUAACGUGAGGGGGUACACACUCUUGUCAGGUGUUCCACUAGACAGCUGCAAAGAGGAAAAACAAAUUGCGUCUGUUAAAGACCAGGGGGAUAAACUAAAAAAUGAUGCACACGUUGAAUGUAAUAAUGACAGGGAACUGAAUUCGCUGAAUAAUUUACCAAAAAUUAUUCCGCCCAAUCCGUGUACCCCCCCAACACACAACAAAACCCUUGACUACAAUAUAACGAAUAAUUUCAUAAAUGAGGAAGACAAAUUGAAGAGUAAAAAUAAAGCCAAUGGUUCCACUCGGAUAAAUUGUUUAGUGAAAAAUAUCGAACGGAAGGAAUACCCCCCCCCCACCCCUCUGUCACCCAAUGGGCAUUUAAAAAAUGGCGACAGCAAAACGGUUUCCUUCGCGGAGGGCACCAGUAUUUUUAUCUACAGCAAAAAAGAUGAGAGAGCCCACAACGGGGCCAAGGACGCCGUGGACACCUUUACAGAAAGCCCAAACAAAAGCUUGUCUCCGAGCACCAUCGGAGGUGCUAACUAUCCAGGCUACUCCAGCUUGGCGAACUAUGCCACCUGCGCAAAUUUCAUGAACACUACCAACGAUGUGGAUAGGGCAAGCUACAAAUAUAAUAAUUAUACGUAUAACCAUGUGAACAACCCUAGGGGUCAAAUUUUAGUUUACUCCGAAAUUGACGACAUUGAAGAAACGUCCCCCUUCCCAAUACUGUCCAAUGUCAAUUUGGGGGAGCAGAUAUUCAGCACGACGGUGGAUUUUUAG